CGGCCUAGGUAGAAGCGUAAGACCUCGUCAGAGUCUCACACGGACCCGAGCCUUCAAAACCGAAGAUAACGGGAGAGCAAAAAAAAAAAGUAGGCGAACCGACGCGUUCAUUUUUCACCCCCCACUUUUUCCAACAGCCGCUGACACCCAGAGACACAUUUUCUGAGUGCGAGGGUGAUUUUACUAUCUUCCUCCAGCACCAUGAGAAGCUCCACCGGCAGACACUUGUUGUGCUUGCUGCUGCUUUUCUUUCCGCUCUCGUGGGCAGAGGACACGAAAAAAGACGCGAGGAAGACCGAGAAUGUUACAGUUUGUGGACAAACUAAAACAAGACGACUAUUUGCGAGGCAUAAGAUUUCUCCAGCAGAGCAGAUUCAAAUUAGACACAAGUCCCACAUCCUGACCCCGGCGCGGCGCUGCGGCCGCCUGAUGGAGAACUGCUCCUCACACUUGCCUUGCUGCGACCCGUGCGCCUCCUGCCGCUGCCGCCUCUUUAACACCAUCUGUCACUGCUGGAGGAUGAAUCCGCUCUGCCUGAAGAGGACCUAGUGGCGACCCGCCGGUACACCUCAGCACACACUGGGGGAGUUUUCUCUAAUUCUGCUUCAAUGUGACCCGAACCAUCAUCCAACGGCAGAGCGCAGUAGCUGUGAAUAAGAGAGUGAAAAUAAGGGAAUGUUUCUAAGGAGAUGUAGCAUAAAAGAAAAGCUAAGUUGUCAUCACACGCAGCAUUAAUAGGCAGAUAAAGACUCAACACAUGAGCCUGCUAUAUCUCACUAAAAGUGUACAACGUUGCCUGUAUAAACACUGAUCGUGCCAUUUCUUUGUAAAAAUUAGAAUAAAUAAGUUUAUGAAACAAUUCUGGCUCAGUACACAACAACAAAGCCGUCUGUUAGCUUACAUCUGUAGCUUACAUCAGUGUAUGUCGCCUUACAGAGACGAGACAGUUUUAUGCAUCACUGCUGCGCUAAGAUUGCCUUAUAAACAGGGAUGGUGUUCCUAUCAGAGGGUGUAGCCAAUGGAAAGCUUGACUUGUGUCAUUUUUCAUGUUUCUAGACAAUAACAUGUUAACUGUGACUGAUUUUUAGGCAUUGUUGCUUUUAAGUAUUUGCAUAUUCUCUCCUGUCACUCAUGUGGAGACAUUUACUGUAUGACUUCAGCAUCUUUUCUUUAAGACUCACAGCAGAAAUGAUGUGGAAAAACAAAUUUCAUGUACAUUAUUAAUCCUUUAUUGCUUGCACUUAAUUAUUUGUGUACGGUUUUAUGAGUUCAAAUGAUUAUAUUUUUGCUAUCUAAUAAAUAUGCAGUGAA